CGGCCGGAAAGUUGGGAUUUGUAUUCUGUUACACCCCUGCACCCGCCACUCUGCCUUGCAUAUUCGUUUGGACGGGUGGUAUCUUAUCUGGUUGGCUCGGGAUAGUUGAUAAGGGCGAGGAUAUUUAGGAUACUUUGUUGUCCGCCCGGCUCAUAAAGUUUGCAUCAACUGCUGCCGUCAAAAUGAUGCGACAAAUCCUUCUUACCGCUUUGGUUGCACUGUACUGUGCUACCUCUGCCUAUGCUCAGGAUUGUUCAACCAACCCGUGCCAGAAUGGAGCAGAAUGUCAGAAUUCCGGCUCUGGCUACAUCUGUCUGUGCCCCGACGCCGGUCCAUUCUACUAUCAUGGACAGGACUGUGAAUUGCCGUUAUUUCGUAACUGUGGUGGAACAUUUACCGAAUCCAGCGGUGUGAUCGAAUCCCCCAACUACCCCGGUCUCUACACCAAUCGCGCUCUGUGCGCUUAUUUUGUCAAAAUUGCCAAUGCCCAACAAAUUACCUUUACCUUCAACUUCUUCGACACGGAAGAAUUUAAGGACAUCCUAGAAGGAACAGUCGGAGCUAAUGCCGAUGGUCCCUUUGAGAUGAGUUGGGAGGGCAACCUAACAACGCUGGGUAUGACCCCGCCGCCUUUCGAUGUAACGACCGACCAGUACGUUUUCUUUUUCUCCACCGACAGAAACAUCCUAAUGAGAGGAUUUCAAAUAGAGUACUCGAGUGACGGAGACGACUGUUCAAGCAAUCCUUGCCAGAACCAGGGCACAUGUACAGAUCAGUUGAACGCCUACUUAUGUUCCUGCGUUCCAGGUUUCACUGGCGUCAACUGUGAAACAGAUAUUAACGAGUGUGCCAGUGCUCCUUGUAUUAAUGGUGGUACCUGCCUUGAUGAAAUCAAUCGAUAUACGUGCAACUGUCUUGCGGGAUACACUGGAAGCAACUGUCAAAUUAAUAUAAAUGAGUGUGCCUCUACGCCCUGUUUGAAUGGCGGUGUCUGUGUGGAUGGUGUCAACCAGUAUUUCUGCCAGUGUCUUGCCGGCUGGACUGGUCAAAGGUGUUCCAUCAACAUCGACGAGUGUGCGUCAACUCCAUGUGAAAACGCAGGCACAUGCGUAGAUCUCACCAAUGCGUUUAUAUGUACUUGUGUGCUUGGCUAUGCCGGCGAUCGAUGCCAGAUAAAUAUCAAUGAAUGUGGGAGUAGUCCCUGUCAAAAUGGUGGACAGUGUGUUGAUGGGAUCAACGAGUACACUUGUAACUGUCUAGCAGGGUUCACAAGUCCAAUUUGCGAAAUAAAUAUUAACGAGUGUGCCAGCAACCCAUGUUUAAACGGUGGCAACUGCGUUGAUGGGGUUAACAUGUUCUCCUGUUCGUGCCUAGCGGGGUACACUGGGGUCUUUUGCCAAUUUGAGAUCAACGAGUGUAGCAGUUCACCUUGUCUGAAUGGCGGCACCUGUAGGGAUGAAGUCAAUCGCUAUGUGUGCUCUUGUCUCGCCGGAUAUACCGGAGUCAGAUGUGAAAUCAACAUCAAUGAGUGUGCUAGCAACCCAUGCCAGAACGGUGGAGCCUGUGUUGAUGGAGUGAAUAGAUUCGACUGUACUUGUCUUCCUGGUUGGGAGGGAACCUUCUGCGAACAAAAUAUCAACGAAUGCCAAAGCAACCCUUGCCAGAAUGGUGGCAAUUGCCAGGACGGGAUUAACCAAUACACCUGUACGUGUCAGCCUGGCUGGACGGGGACAGUUUGUAGCAUCAAUAUCAAUGAGUGUGCGUCCAACCCUUGUUUGAAUGGCGGACAGUGUGCAGAUCAGAUCAAUGGCUACAUCUGUACUUGCUUACCGGGCUACAGCGGUAACCGCUGUCAGAAUGAUGACAAUGAAUGCCGAAGCCAGCCGUGUGCCAAUGGUGGUACCUGUAACGACCUCACAAACCGAUAUACCUGUACUUGUGUGCCGGGCUACACUGGCACCAACUGUGAAAUCAAUAUCAAUGAAUGCGCUGGUAACCCCUGUGAGAAUGGUGGAACCUGUACUGAUCUCAUCAAUGGAUUCCGAUGUGCCUGUUUGUCUGGGUGGACUGGAACCGUCUGUAGCAUCAAUAUCAACGAGUGUCAAAGUUCACCAUGCUUCAAUGGAGGCGUUUGUGUGGAUGGCAUCAACAGCUAUACCUGUAAUUGUCAAGCUGGUUGGACUGGUUCUCGCUGUCAAACCAAUAUCAAUGAAUGUCAAAGCGGUCCCUGUCGCAAUGGUGGAACCUGCAGUGAUGAAAUCAAUGGCUAUUCCUGCCGCUGUGCUCCCGGCUGGGAGGGUACCAACUGCCAGAUUAAUAUCAACGAGUGCGCAAGCUCGCCUUGUCUGAACAGUGGAACAUGUAGCGACAACAUCAAUGGCUACACUUGUUCUUGUGUACCUGGCUACGUUGGAACCAACUGCCAAACUGACUUUAACGAGUGCCAGAGCUCACCUUGUCGUUUCGGCGCUACCUGUAAUGACUUGCUCAACCAGUACACCUGUACAUGUGCACCAGGUUACACAGGUACCAACUGUGAAAUCGAUAUUGAUGAAUGUUCCAGCAAUCCGUGCCAGAACGGUGGGUUCUGUUUGAAUCAAAUCAACCAGUACACCUGUAACUGCCCCGCUGGAUACGAAGGAACCAACUGUGAAAUCAAUAUCAACGAAUGUUCAAGCAACCCUUGUCAGAACUCAGGAACAUGUGGGGACCAAAUUAACCGCUUUGUGUGUACCUGCGUGCCCGGAUACGAAGGCGUCUUCUGCGAAAUUAACAUUAAUGAGUGUAACAGCUUCCCCUGUCGCAACGGAGGACAGUGCGCCGACGGCAUCAACCUCUUCACUUGCAACUGUGCUGCUGGAUGGACCGGCACUUUCUGCGAAAUCAACAUUAAUGACUGUGCCGGCAACCCAUGUCUGAACGGUGGUACAUGCAGAGAUGGUUUUAACUCCUUCACUUGUAGCUGUGUGUUGGGAUACACCGGUAACACGUGUCAGUUCAAUAUUGAUGAUUGUGCUUCAAAUCGUUGCCAGAAUGGAGGCACAUGUAGGGAUGGUAUCAACUCAUUUACUUGUAGCUGUACUGCGGGGUGGACUGGUAACACGUGUCAAUUCAAUAUUGAUGAUUGUGCCGGCAAUCCUUGUCAAAACGGAGGGACAUGCAGAGAUGGUAUCAACCAAUUCACUUGUAGCUGUGUAGCCGGAUACACUGGGAAUACGUGUCAAUUCAAUAUUGACGAUUGUGCUUCGAACCGUUGUCUCAAUGGUGGCACAUGCAGAGAUGGUAUCAACUCAUUCACUUGUAGUUGUGUAUUGGGUUACACUGGUAACACGUGUCAAUUCAAUAUCAAUGAUUGCGCCGGCAACCCUUGUGUCAAUGGUGGGACAUGCAGAGAUGGAAUUAACUCUUUUACUUGCAAUUGUUUAGCGGGCUACACUGGAAAUACAUGUCAAUUUAACAUAGAUGACUGUGCUGUGAAUCGUUGCCAGAAUGGAGGCACAUGUAGGGAUGGUAUCAACUCAUUUACUUGUAGUUGUACUGCGGGGUGGACUGGUAACACGUGUCAAUUCAAUAUUGACGAUUGUGCCGGCAAUCCUUGUCAAAACGGAGGGACAUGCAGAGAUGGCAUCAACCAAUUCACUUGUAGCUGUGUAGCGGGAUGGACUGGGAAUACGUGUCAAUUCAAUAUUGAUGAUUGUGCAACUAAUCCAUGCUUCAACGGAGGGACAUGCCGUGAUGGGAUCAACUCAUUCACCUGCACCUGCCUAGCUGGCUAUACAGGCAACAGGUGUCAAAUCAAUAUUGAUGAAUGUGCAGGCAAUCCUUGCCAGAAUGGGGGUAUCUGCACUGAUGGAAUUAACUCCUACACUUGUUCCUGUGUGGCCGGUUACAUAGGAGAUAGGUGUCAAUUCAACUUUGAUGAGUGUGGUAGCAACCCAUGUUUGAAUGGCGGCACGUGUAGAGAUGGAGUCAACUCAUUCUUCUGUAACUGCGUUACCGGGUUCAACGGUGAACGCUGUCAGUUCAAUAUUGAUGAUUGUGCUGGUGGUCCGUGUCGUAAUGGAGGUACCUGCAACGAUGGCAUCAACACAUAUACUUGUACUUGUCAAGCGGGGUACAAUGGAGACCAAUGCCAAUUCAAUAUUAAUGAAUGUAGCAGUAAUCCAUGCUUGAAUGGCGGGCAGUGUUCUGACCGAAUCAACUCCUAUGUCUGUUCAUGCGCUCCAGGCUUUCUUGGCAACAACUGUGGCACGGAUAUUGAUGAGUGUGGAAGUGAUCCGUGCUUGAGCGGAGGAACAUGUACGGACAUGGUAAACGGCUACUUCUGCUCUUGUGUACCAGGCUACGCAGGGAACCAGUGUCAACAAAACAUCAACGAGUGUGCCAGUAGACCUUGCCGCAACGGUGGCAACUGCGAGGAUGGAAUCAACUCUUAUAUCUGCCAAUGUCAAGCAGGAUGGACUGGGACGGACUGCUCAAUAAAUAUUGAUGAGUGUAGCAGCAAUCCUUGUCAGAAUGGAGGACAAUGUCGGGAUGAGAUCAACGGAUUCGUCUGUGACUGUACUCCUGGCUACAGGGGACUGGUCUGUGAAAUCAAUAACAAUGAGUGUGCCAGCAGCCCUUGCCAGAAUGGAGGCACAUGUACCGAUCAGAUUAAUGGUUACUCCUGCUCAUGCUCAGCAGGUUUCACUGGCGUUACGUGUAGCAUUGACAUUGAUGAGUGUGGUAGCAAUCCGUGUUUGAAUAGUGGACAGUGUAUUGACCUAGUCAAUCGCUAUAGCUGUGUCUGUAUUGCUGGAUACACUGGUGAUCGCUGUGAAAUUAACGUCAAUGAGUGUCAGAGUAGCCCAUGUUUCAACCAAGGCAGUUGUGUCGAUGGUAUUAAUUCCUACACCUGUAACUGUGUCGAAGGUUACACAGGACCCCGCUGCGAGAUCAAUAUUGAUGAUUGUGCUGGUAACCCUUGCCUCAAUGGUGUGUGCUCUGAUCUAGUCAAUGGCUAUGAAUGUGCCUGUUUUGCUGGAUACCAGGGAGUCAACUGUCAGAUAAACAUUAACGAAUGUUCAAGCUUUCCCUGCCAGUUUGGAGGAACCUGCGUUGAUGGUAUCAAUGGAUAUGCAUGUAACUGUGUGGCAGGAUACACAGGUUUAAACUGUGAAAUAGAUAUAAAUGAGUGUGCUAGCAGCCCUUGUCGGUUUGGCUCUACCUGUUUUGAUCAAAUCAACUCCUACAGUUGUCUCUGCACAGCAGGCUAUACCGGAGUUAACUGCCAAUUCGAUAUUGAUGAGUGUGCUAGUUCUCCAUGUCUUAAUGGAGGUAGAUGCUCAGAUCGUAUCAACUCCUAUCUGUGCCAAUGUUCGGGCGGUUAUUCUGGAGUCAACUGUGAAAUCGAUAUCAAUGAGUGUAGCAGUAACCCAUGUCUGAAUGGAGCGACAUGUAAUGACCAAGUCAAUGGAUUCACAUGCGUUUGUGCUGCAGGCUACCGGGGAACCUUCUGCGGUAUCGAUAUCAAUGAGUGUGGCAGUAAUCCUUGCCGUAACGGAGGUGGAUGCACGGACCUCAUCAACAGAUUCACCUGCCAGUGCCAGGCUGGCUUCAAUGGCAUCCUUUGUGAAAUUGAUAUUGAUGAAUGUUCCAGCAAUCCUUGCCAAAAUGGAGGUGUCUGUACAGACCAAGUAGCCAGGUACACGUGUAACUGCCAACCAGGCUGGGAGGGUGUCAACUGUGAAAUCAAUAUCGACGAGUGUGCCAGUCAGCCGUGUAUCAACAACGCCGGGUGUACUGAUCUCAUCAAUGGCUAUUCCUGUUCCUGCGUCUCUGGCUUCAAUGGUGUCCGUUGUCAAUUCAAUAUCAACGAGUGUGACAGUAACCCCUGCGUAAACGGCGUCUGCGACGACGGAAUAAGCGCAUUCACCUGUGCCUGUUUCCCUGGUUAUACUGGUACCGUGUGCGACAUCAAUAUUGAUGAGUGUAGCAGCAACCCUUGUGCCAAUGGAGGCGUCUGUAAUGACGGAAUCAAUUCCUUCACAUGUACAUGUGCUGCUGGGUUUAUCGGAGUGCUCUGUGAAGUCAACGUGAAUGAGUGUGGCAGUAACCCGUGUCUGAACGGAGCAACCUGCAUCGAUGGAAUCAACUCAUACCAAUGUAACUGCAAUGUCGGAUUUACUGGCACCAACUGUGAAAUAGAUAUCGAUGAAUGUGCCAGCAACCCAUGCGCCAACGGUGGUGUCUGCCAGGACUUUGUCAACCUCUUCCGCUGCAUUUGUGCAGCUGGAUAUGUGGGAGAUUUCUGCCAGACAAAUUUCAAUGAGUGUGGAAGUAGCCCCUGCUUUAACGGAGCCACAUGCGUAGACAAUGUCAAUUCCUACUCUUGUACCUGCGUACCAGGCUUCACUGGUUCCCGUUGUGAAGAAGAUAUCAAUGAGUGUUUCAGUCGGCCAUGUCAGAAUGGAGGAGUGUGUAUAGAUGAGGUUAAUUCCUACCAGUGCGUCUGCCCUCUAGGAUUUAUGGGAGUCAACUGCCAGACAAAUACCAAUGAGUGUUCCAGUGGGCCCUGUGCCAACGGUGCUACAUGCUUCGAUGAGAUUAAUGGUUACCGGUGUGCAUGUGUAGCAGGAUGGACCAGUGCCAACUGUGAUCUUGACAUCAACGAGUGUGCCAGCAAUCCUUGCCGUAACGGUGCAACGUGUAACAACCUGGUCAAUGCCUACUCUUGUUUCUGCCGUCCUGGAUACACCGGAAACAACUGUGAAAUUGAUAUUGAUGAAUGUUCAAGCAGUCCAUGUUUGAAUGGCGGACGUUGUCGUGAUAGCAUUAAUGCCUACAGCUGCUCCUGCCCCGAUGGCUACACCGGUACCAACUGUGCAACUGAAAUAAAUGAAUGUGCCAGCAACCCGUGUCAAAACAGUGCCACAUGUAGGAAUGGCAUCAACUUCUACUCAUGUAACUGUCUGCCAGGCUACGAUGGAGUCAACUGUGAAAAUGAUAUCAAUGAGUGUUCAAGUCGUCCAUGCCGCAACGGAGCUCAGUGCACGGACCUUGUCAAUGGGUUCACCUGUACAUGCGCUGCUGGAUGGACUGGAACCACCUGCACAGACAAUAUCAAUGAGUGCGGCAGCAACCCUUGUCAGAACAGCGGUAACUGCCUGGACCAGAUCAAUCGCUACAUCUGCACCUGUAGAGAAGGCUUCUCAGGAAUCAACUGCGAAAUCAAUAUUGAUGAAUGUGAGAACAGACCGUGUGUGUUUGGACAAUGUACUGAUCUAAUCAAUGGAUUCAGCUGCCAGUGUACACCAGGAUAUACCGGAACCGUCUGCGACACAAAUAUCCAGGAAUGUUUCAGUUCACCUUGUGAGAAUGAAGGGCGAUGUAUCGAUGGAGUCAACAGCUACUCAUGCCAGUGCCGAGCCGGAUUUACCGGAGAGAGAUGUGAAACUGACAUCAAUGAAUGUGCUAGCUCCCCUUGUCGCAACGGAGGCCAAUGUGCUGACCUUGUCAACCAAUUCCAAUGUACCUGCCUGGCCGGAUUCUACGGAAUCUUCUGUGAAACCAAUAACAAUGAGUGUCGUAGCAACCCGUGUAGGAAUGGAGCGACAUGUAACGACGCUGUUAAUGGAUACACAUGUACCUGUGCUGCAGGUUUCACUGGCACCAACUGUGAAGCUGAAAUUGAUGAGUGUGCGUCUUCACCCUGUCUUAACUUUGGCAACUGCGUGGAUCUGAUCAACAGAUACGCCUGUGAUUGUGCCGCAGGAUACGAGGGAACCAACUGUGAAACCAAUAUUGAUGAGUGCAAUAGCAACCCCUGCUUUAAUAGCGGAGUGUGCCUCGAUGCUGUCAAUUUCUUCACCUGUAAUUGCAGAGCUGGAUACACCGGCAAUCGUUGUCAAACAGAUAUCAAUGAGUGUGCCAGCCUCCCUUGCCAGAACGGAGGAGUGUGUACAGAUCUUGUUAAUUCCUACCGCUGUACCUGUCUGGACGGCUUUACUGGUACCAACUGUGAAACAAACACCAAUGAGUGUAACAGUGGACCAUGUGUGAACGGUGCCUGCCGGGAUGAAGUGGGCGGCUAUACAUGUGACUGCUUCCUCGGAUACACCGGAAUCAACUGUGAAACUGAUAUCAACGACUGCGCCAUUAACCCAUGCCGCUUUGGAGGUACCUGUACCGAUAUGCUAAAUGGUUACUCCUGCCAGUGUGUCCCUGGAUUCACCGGAGAGAAUUGUGAAACCAAUAUUGAUGAGUGUGCGAGUCAGCCUUGCCUGAAUAGAGGACAGUGUAUUGAUGGUAUCAAUUUGUUUACCUGCAUCUGUCCCCAAGGGUUUGAAGGACUCAACUGUGAAAUCAAUGUCAACGAGUGUCAGAGCAACCCAUGUAUAAACUCAGGAACAUGCAUCGAUGGCACCAACGAAUACACCUGCUCUUGUGUUGGAGGCUUCACUGGAUCCGUAUGUGAAAUCAACAUCAAUGAGUGUGAGAGCUCUCCAUGUCGCAACGGUGGCAACUGCCAAGAUCAGAUCAACGCCUACCAGUGUCAAUGUGCCCCCGGCUGGGGCGGAACCAACUGCCACAUCAACAUUGAUGAAUGUUUGAGUCAACCAUGUCGCAACGACGGACGGUGCCUGGACCAAGUGAAUGGCUACACAUGUAGAUGCGCUGCAGGCUUCACUGGAACAAACUGUGAAACUGAUAUCAACGAAUGUGAGAGCCAGCCAUGCAGGAACGGAGGCCAAUGUGUAGACAUGGUUAACGCCUAUGAGUGCCAGUGCCCCACGAACUACGAAGGAAUAAACUGUGAAAUCUCUCUUGACGCAUGCAUGAGUGGACCUUGCCAGAACGGUGGACGCUGUGAGAACCGCGGUGCUGACUUCAUCUGUUUCUGCUCGGCAGGAUAUACCGGAACCACUUGCCUAUACGAAAUCAAUGAGUGUUCCAGCCUGCCAUGUCAGAAUGGUGGUGUAUGCAUAGAUGGUGUUGUUGGCUACACAUGUAACUGCUUCGAUGGCUACACUGGACUCAACUGCGAGACAGUGACCAUCUGUGACCUCCAAGGUACCUGGUAUAAUGACAUCGGUGACACCGUCACUCUGACUAGGACUGCAUCUGGAAUGCUGCUCGGUGAAUUCAGAUCCAAGGACGAAAGGGAUCGUGGAUAUAUGGUUCCCACCAUCCUGGUUGGCUAUGCUGCACUAAGCGUCAACUUCCCCGCCUUUGGGUUCACUGUCAUUCGGAAUAAUGGCCAGAUGGCAAUCAGCUGGACCGGUCAGUGUCAGUGGUGCGUGGACGCUGAGGUUCUCAUGACCAACUGGGUUGAGAUGGAUAUGGUCAACACGUGUCAACUAGCCAAGCAUGCCACAAGAACUGGUCAUGACAACUGGACCAGAUAUGAGCAGCAGCUCCAACCCUGCCGUCUCAACUAAAUAGCGCCCUCUCUAUGCCAAUAAAUUUAAGGGUUCCACUUUCUACUUUGGUUAGACUAGCUGUGAUUUUUUUUAAUACUAAC